AUGGUUCGCGGACUAUUUCCGACGACGGUGGCUGUGAUCGUGCUUCUUUCUGGGCACCUGCCUGACCCGGGAGCUUGCGAUGGUCCGUACUCGCACAUCGACCUACCGAAAGCUCAUCUGCCCAUGUAUUUCCGGCGAUUUCCAGCACUAGAAAAACAAUGCGCCGAAGAUGAAAGGUGCCCGUACCGGACGUUAAUUGCUAGUGAAAGUUACCAGCGGCGGAGGAAUUCUGCUUGCUGCUGGGGGUACGAAGAUGGCUGUACGGCGAAGGAACGAUUCUCGAACCACAGCUGUCCGGGGAGCCACGUUGGUUACGUGAAAAGCAAACAGGCGCAACUGGACACGUUCUACAGCCAAGCGGACUUCGGCUUUAUUCGCGAUCAGAUUCGUGAAACGCGCAUCAUGUGCGAGCCACAGUUUCCGCACGAUUCAUCGCUCGAGUGCUCAAAGUAUCUCCGCUUUUGCCGCGGUCGUAAUCUGAUGUUUAAUUUUACCGACCUGGCGCAACGCACGGAACCGUUGCGGUACAAAAUGGACGUGUUGGGACCGGGCCAGAUCGGGGGCCACUGUGCGCUGCACACCGAGCGACUGCAGGACGAGUUGCAACACAUUAGCCCACUGCAAUCGUGGGGACCCGAGUUGCGGUUUUUCGAGCGCCUCGAGCGGCCACCUAUCGAGGCCGGUAGCUGCGAUGUGGUGAUCGACAAACCGGCAUUCAUUAUGAAGAUCGACGCAGCGAUCAAUAUGUAUCACCACUUCUGUGACUUUCUGAACCUGUACGGUUCGCUGCACGUGAAUCUGUCGCACCCGAUGACAUACACCACCGACACGCAGGUCCUAGUGUGGGAAUCGUUCCGCUACAGCUCACCAUUCGCCGAAACGUUCAAGGUGUUUACGCGCAAUCCGAUCGCCGAUCUAAAAACUUUCGCCGGGAGGGUAGUUUGCUUCCGGAACGUGAUGUUCCCGCUGCCGCCGAGAAUGAUUUUCGGACUGUACUACAACACCCCGAUCAUACAUGGCUGUGAAAAUAGUGGCUUGUUUCACGCAUUCUCUGAACAUGUGUUGCACCGUCUGCGAGUGCGCAUCGCCAAGCGGACCGAUCAUCGCCUACGGAUUACGUUCCUAUCACGCCAAACGCGUCACCGACGAGUGUUGAACGAAAAUGAACUUAUCGCGGAGAUUUCUGCCAACCCAGAGUACGACGUGCAGCGCGUUAGCUUCGGACACGAGCAAAGUUUCUUAGAGCAACUGAAAGUUACGCGAAACACAGACAUCUUCAUCGGGAUUCAUGGUGCCGGAUUGACGCACCUUCUGUUUCUGCCCAAGUGGGCCACACUGUUCGAACUGUACCACUGCGAAGACCCCAACUGCUACCGAGAUCUGGCCCGAUUGCGGGGCGUAAACUAUCUCAGCUGGGAGCGUGACCACCUGGUGUAUCCGGAGGGCGAAGGUAAACAUCCGGAGCGAGAUGAACGACACGCCAAAUUCACGAAUUAUGCGUUCGAUGUGCGCGAGUUCGAUCGGCUGGUUGGACGUGCAGCGAACCAGGUACGACAGCACGUUGAGUUCCGGCGGUUUUUGGGUAAAAGCUUCAUCGACCAACCGCCGAAGGACGAGCUUUGACGGAUGUGAACACAUUACGGUGAUAUCAUUACCAUUUACUAUCAUCCAGGAUCCGAAACAUGUGACGGAUCGUUUUACGCUUUAACUAAUUUUGCUCGAAUGAUUGCCUUUUCUUAAAUAGCUAUACUACUGAAACUGAAGCCGUCCAGAAAUGGUUCCUUGCUUGUUGAUCGCUAUGAGAUUACCUACCUUUAGUUAGUGUAACGCUUGUGAGAGAGAGAACCAUUCCUGAACCGUACGUUUACCUACUAACUUAACAGUAUUCGAAAAAACCAAGAAGUAGCAUACCAACGAUGCGUUUAUAUUUGAUGAAAAGGCAAAAGGCGGCAAACCGUUAACAUACUCUGAAGUGUACUUAAUAAUCGUUUAUUUAUUUAAGACUAUCGAUGGCCGUGUACACAUAAAUAAUAAGAAAAGAAAAGCUUUUCAAUACAUUUCAGUUCA